AGCAAAUCAAUUUUAAAUCUCGAUUGUGCGUUUAUAAAUUAGAAGUUAUUUGUUUCAAAGUUCAAAAAGCAAAAUUUGUAGUGCGCCAAAAGUUUAAAAAAUUAAAAAAAAAAAAAAUUAAAUGUAAUAGAGCUAAACCAUAGCGAAAAGAGCAACAACAUCGCAUAUAGUUGUUAGUUUAUGGAAAGCGGUUUCCAUACUGGAGAGCAAAAGCUAGAACAGCAGCAGCAUACUGUGUCGAUUGAAAAGGAAACUUUAACUAGUUUUGCGAUCGAUCAUCGUACGCCACUGAAUAGUCAACAACGUUUGAUUCCACUGACACGGCAAGUUGUUAAGUUAAUGAUGGAUUUUAACGGCUCCCAUUCGAGCACUAGUAUAUCGGGGAAGAACUUUUACAACACAUUUUCUAUAACGAGUUUGGUGCGCGAAGAAGUACAAAAUAUUUUGCAAGAACUAUGCGUCACCGAUCAGUUUAUACGCAAGGAGGAUAUCGAUGCGUUUAUAGAGCGCUGCCUACGAGAAAAAGUGCAAAUCGAGAGCAAGAGUCCAACGGCCAGUGUUGAGUCGUUGCCAGUUGAUAAUACAGAGAUUGAGGUGACUGUUGAAAUGUUAAACGAGACAGACAAGAACAAAUUAAUCGUUGAGAACUUUCAAAUAUUGGAGCAACGCAUUACCAAUUUGGAAGAACGGAUUUCAACGGUGCUGCAGACUGUGCCAAAAUUGCGUCAUUUACAAGCGAAGAAAUUCAAAAUCAAUACGGAAGUCAUACGCGAGGAACUGCGUAAUGUCAUGCACAAAAUGGCCGAAGAUGAUCCUAUAAAAACAUCGACGACCAUUGAAUUGCGGACUACAACCGAUACUGAUGUUAACGAGACCGAAACAACGCCAAUAUUAAGUGUCGUCGAAACAGACACGAUUCCUUCAGAAAAGAUUACCAAUCCAUAUGACGAUUUGUACUAUGUACACCGUCAAAAUGCCAUGAAUAUAUUGAAUUACAAAAAAUCAAAAGCUACGAUGGAGCUUAAUCAACGAUUACAUUUAAGUCCACACAUUAAGCCAAUCACCACAGAUUUAAACGAUACCAGAUACAAGCAAAAACAAAAGCCAAUAUUCAUUACAAAGUAGUCGAUUUAAAAAUAGCUUUGGAAACAUCUCAAAUCCGCAAUAUUAAAAUUAAAUGUUAAUUUAUUACACAACAGCAAUGUGAAAAGCAAAAUAUAAAAAUGCAAACCGCCAAAAAUUCCAAUGCAAUCAAUGUAGGUAUAUAUGUAUAUAUGUUUGUAAAAUAGUAAAUGUGUGGUCGUGUGUGUAUGUGUGAAGUUUUUGAGUUUUACUACAAUGUAACAUCUUUUAAUACAGUAUCGCUUAUAUUGAAUAAAUCAUCUUCAUCGGCUGCUAGCUCUAGCGGCUUCGGA